CAAUAAAAAGUAGGGGUAAGCAUAACCAUAAUACGCACCAAUUGCUGGGUGGCUAGCUAUAGCUAGCUGGCAGCAUCCAUACAAUACAUGUACAUACAUAUACAGUUGAUGCCCUUUGUUCUUCAAUAUCUCCUCUCUCUGUUUUCAGUUUUCACUAACUCCAACCAAAAAACAAUGGAACCAUUACUACAGAGCAAGUACACUAGCUUGUGUUUUCUCCUAGUCCUUCUUCUUCCUCUUGUUAUUCCUUCGUUUUCAGGAAUAUCAGGCGUUGAAGCUUACAAGAAUUAUACAGUGGGUGACUCUUCCGGUUGGUAUGAAUCUGUGAACUAUCAGAAAUGGGUUGCCGCCAAGACAUUCAGCUUGGGAGAUUUUCUCAUUUUUAAUACGGACACCAACCACUCAGUUGUGCAAACAUAUAACUUGACGACAUACAAGCUGUGCGAUUACGAUGAUGCUCUAGAAAACGACACAAUGCAAUGGUCGGCAGCUGACCCGUCAAACACGGCAGUACGCAAGGUGUCGGUGGCAGUGCCUUUGGAAAAGGAAGGGAUGAACUAUUUCUUUUCAGGGGAUUAUGAUGGCGACCAAUGCAAGAACGGGCAGCACUUUAAGAUCAGCGUCGCUCACGGACAAGGGCUGCCAAAGAGUUUACAAAACCCAACCACACCCACACAGGACCAGUCCCCAGGUCCAGCAACAGCAAGCAGUCCCGGCGGGUCCCCAUCUCCAGGUGGUGACGGCACUGAUGAUGGUUCUGUCCCGGAUACAAUUGUUCCUGCCAGUUUCGACCAUCCCAAAGCGGAUGACACUGCCACUGGCGAUCAUGAUAAAGAUUCAUCUGGAUCACUUUGUGUGAAGCACAAUCACGGGAUACUAUUUAGGGUUUUCAUGUUGUUAGGGUUUCUCUACUGCUGCCUUUGGUGAUUUGCUAGCUGAUAAUUUAUCCCUAGUUUUUAUAUAUCUUUGAGACUUCGAUUAUUCUUUUUUACUUAUCAGUUGAUUUCCUUUUCUUUCCGCUGUGUGUGUACACUGUAUACUGUGCGUGCUUUCUUUUGUUUUGUUUUUUUUUUAUUGUACGUUGAAACAAACUGAGUAUACUAGAUCUGGAGCGUGUAAAAGUUAAAAAGAGUGUGACAAUGAUAUUCUUUUAAUAAAAUAUGAAGCAAUGUUGGUUCCGUAUUAA